AUGUCGCCGCGCGCGCCGCCGCGACCAUCCCGCACACCGCCACGCAAUACGCCGUCACCAAGACCAUCGCGUUCACCACCCCCUCGCCCCUCACGCACGCCACCGCGGCGUCGUGCUCCGGAGUCACCACUGCGCUAUGAGCGCGGGCGUGGCUACGGAACCCAGCCACCACGCAUCGUCCGGGAGUCGAGCGGCUCCAUCCAGUACCCAGUCCUGACGAGGACCAACUACGAAGAAUGGGCGCUCCUCAUGACGGUGAAUCUACAGGCACAAGGGCUCUGGCACGCUGUGGAGCCAUACGAGGAUGAAGAGGUCGAGUAUCGCGAUGAUCGGCUGGCGCUAGCCGCGAUAUUGCGUGCGGUGCCACCGGAGAUGUUACGCUCCCUCUCCAUCAAGCGAACGUCGCAGUCUGCAUGGGAGGCAAUCAAGACUGUCCGGGUCGGCACCCGGCGCGUACGUGAAGCGAACGAGCAGCUACUUCGUCGGGAGUUUGGCGAUGCUCGGUUUAAGGAUGGCGAGAACGUCGACGACUUCUCCAUGCGCCUCAACGGGAUCGCCAACAACAUUCGCACCCUGGGCGGUGAUCUCCCCGAGGUAGAUGUUGUAAACAAGCUGCUAAAUGUUGUCCCUGAGCAUCUCUCGCAGAUAGCCAUCUCGAUCGAGACACUACUCGACGCCCGCGAUCUAUCGAUCGAGGAGGUCACCGGCCGGCUCCGCGCCGCCGAGAAGCGCAAGCCCAAGCCCAAGGAGAUCGUUGAUAGCGGCGGUCGUCUGCUGCUCACCGAGGAGCAGUGGCAGGCUUGA